CGUCCGAAGGGUUUAAGCAGGACCCCUGGAGAAUUCCUCUGUCUCCUUUUUCUCUUCCAAAAACCACGAAAAUUUCAAUCUUUUUCACAUGGGCUUCCCCAAGAACCAUAAUUUUCCCUUCUGAAGCCUCCUCCUCUUGACCAAUUAUGAUCAAGCACAGAGCUUUUCUGUGCAAAUUUGUUAGAAGACGAUCCUUCAGCAGUUGCCCUUUGCCAUUAGAGCCCCAAACACCAUCAUUCUCCUCUCCAGCAUCCCAAAUUACCCAAAAAGAGUUGUGCUUUUCGUUAGCGGACCAGCUCAUUAGCCGGGGUUUAUUUUCAUCAGCGCAGAAAGUGAUUCAGAGACUCAUCUCUCAAUGUUCUUCUGUUUCAGAAGCAACUUCAGCCGCUGAUUUCGCUGUUUCAAGAGGUAUGGAACUUGAUUUGAUUAGUUAUGGUUGUCUUAUCCGGAAACUCGUGAUUUCUGGUGAAGUCCGGAUGGCCGAGGCAUUGUACAUGCACUGCAUAGUUGGCAAAGGGCUCGAGCCGGACCGUAAUUUGUUGAAUUCUAUGAUUAUUUGUUACUGUAAGCUCGGAAAAUUAGAGGAAGCAAAAUCUUGUUUUGAUGGGAUUAUCAAGUUGAAAUUUAUACCUUGGGUUGGUUCUUGCAAUGCAAUAAUUAAAGGUUUUUGUGUGCAAGACAGAAUCUUGGAGGCUUAUGGUUGUUUUUGUGAAAUUAGUGAGGCUUCUCAUAUUGUGCAGGAUUUUGCAUGUUAUAAUAGGCUGGUUGAUGGAUUGUGCCAAAGAGGGUUCUUAGAUGAGGGGCUUCAUGUUUUUGAUGUGAUGAUAGAACGGGGGGUGCCGCCCACAGUUCAUGUGUGCAAAUCCUUGAUUACUAGCUUCUGUAAAUGGGGGCGUGUUGAGGAGGCUGAGAUUUUGAGUACAGAAAUUGAGUCUUAUGGUUUUGUAGUCGAUAAAUUUAUGUACACUUAUCUAAUUAAUUCGUAUUGCAAAGCAAGGAAAAUGAAGAUGGCAAUGAGGUUGUUUAUGAGGAUGCUAAAGAUGGGCUAUGAGCCCGAUAAUUAUACUUAUAAUACAUUGAUUCAUGGUUUCGCCAACUUGGGUAUGUUUUCCAAAGGGUGGGUGUUGCAUGAUAAGAUGGUGAAUUCUGGGUUGAGGCCUGACAUAGUAACUUAUCAAAUCAUGCUUAACAACUACUGCAGAGACCAGAAAGUUGAUUGCGCAUUGAUGCUUUUGGAUGACAUGCUCCAGCACAAUAUUGCUCCAAAUGUGCAUUGCUACACAGUCUUGCUUUCUGCACUCUGUAAGCAACAAAGGUUGGAGGAGGUAUACAGCUUAUAUCACAAGAUGCUUGACAGUGGGGUUGUUCCCGACCAUGUCCUUUUCUUCACCCUUGUAAAGAACCAUGCAGAAGGGGAUGAGUUGUAUUUUGCUCUCACAGUUUUGCAAGCUAUUGCCCAGAAAUCUUGCAAUAAUGACACUUCCACUGUCUCUUGCUCUGUUAACCCUAAAUCCACUGGGGAUGCAAUGGCUGAAAUUGAGUAUCUUUUGGAGGAGAUAGCAAGAAGCAAAUCCGUUUUAGCAGAUACGGGUUAUAGUAUUUACAUGAUAGCCUUGUGCAUGGGACGAAAACUUGAUGCUGCUCUGCGUUGCAUGGAAAAGAUGGCUAAUCUUGGUCUCCUACCUAUGCCCACUGCUCUUAAUUCCUUGAUUAAGUUGCUAACCCAGGAAGGUCUAGUUGAGGGUGCGGAGUCACUACUUGAAGUUAUGCAGGAUCAGGGACUAGUCCCAAACCAGUCAACUUUCGCGAUAAUAGUAAAUGAACUAUGCAAACAGGGUGACUUCCACUCAGCGAUUGAUGUUCUAGAUCAAAUUGAAGAAAGGGGUAUCAAGCCAAAUGUUGCUAUAUAUAACUCAAUAAUUAGUUGUUUAGCCAGACAGAGGAUGAUUCAUGAGGCUGAAAGUUUUUUCUACAGAAUGCUGGAGUUUGGUAUAGAUCCUGAUGAAACCAUCUUUGUCACAAUGAUUAAUGCAUACUCAAAGAAUGGAUGGGCAAAUGAAGCCCACAAGCUGUUUGAUAAAAUGAUGGAACAUGAUCUUAAACCUAGUUCCCAUGCUUAUACUGCACUUAUACCUGGACUAGUUAAGAAAAAUAUGACCGAGAAAGGUUGUCUAUACCUUGACAAGAUGCUGAAAGAUGGUUUCAUGCCAAAUGCUGUUCUAUACACCUCCCUUAUUAAGCAGUUCCUAAGGAAGAGAGAGUUUGAAUUUGCUUUUAGGUUGGUUGAUUUGAUGGAGAAAAGUGAGGUUGAGCAAGACCUGGUCACCUAUAUCACAUUGGUCAGUGGUGUUUGUAGGAAUAUGCGUCUCUUUGAUGGAAAAUGGUAUCUAUCAAAUGAAAAAUCGGAUAAGGGUAAGGAAAUGUUGUUUCAGUUACUAUAUCAGCAAGCUAUUUUGUCAAAGGAAAAGAGUUUGAAACUUUUGAUUAGUUCUCAAGAAGAGAUGAAAUUCUUCGCCCUAAAACUGAUCCAGAAGAUUAAAACGGUUUGGCUCAUGCCAGACUUGUACCUGUAUAAUGGUAUAAUAUCUGGGUUUUGCUGGGCACAGAGCAUGGAAGAGGCUUACGAGCAUCUUAAUCUGAUGCAAAGUGAAGGAGUGCAGCCUAAUCUGGUCACUUUCACUAUCCUCAUUGAUGGGCAUAUUCAAUUUGGGGAACUUGAUCUUGCUGUCGCAUUGUUUAACAAAAUAAAUGGAAACGGUCUUGUUCCAGAUAGAAUGCUCUUCAACACUUUAAUUAGAGGCUUCUGUAAGGUUGGGAGGGUCCUUGAUGCAUUAUCUCUCUCACAUGUGAUGCAGAAAAGAGGUCUUUUGCCCUCAAAAUCUUCUUACGAGAAACUCCUGAGUUCUCUUUGUGCUAGCCGUUCAAGUGUUCACGCAUUGAGGAUAUGUGAAGAUAUGCUUUCGCACAAUUAUUUUCCUUGCCGCUAUAACCUUCACUGGCUUAUUUCUAUCUUGGCCAAAGAUAACAAAUUGGAUGAGGCUUGUGCCAUCCAUGAUCUGAUGCUUAAUAGAAGAACUUUUCGUAGGAAUGUGGAGUCAUAUACAUAGCAUAUGAGGGAUGCAUAUUAUCUGAAGUGUAAAAGUGCUGCGGCCUGGAAUUAGCCUCGUGCUUGUUGACUUUCUGAAGUCAUUAACAAGUUUCUGUUUGUUUCUCUGCUAAUUUCCUUGGCAUGAUGAUUCCAACCCUGGAUAUUACAUCUGAAGGAGGUUAAAAGAUAACGCUGGGUAAAUGUAAGGACCGUACCAAUAACGGAAGUCCCGUUAGGGGACUGGAGCAAGCUACCAUGAGAGGAAAGAUCUUUAUUUGGACUGGAGCAGGACCGUCUUAACUGUUUUUCUUCCUACAUUGUACACUGUCCUAUUGGCUGCUUUUCAUGAACUUGGGGGAUACUUCAUGCAGCAUCUGUUACUCAAUUCUGAAACUAUAUCUGGAUUCUGAGAACAAAACCGCUUGCUUGUGAUCGAUCAAGUUUGCCAAAAUAUCCUCCAAGCAAAGAGAUAGAUGCAAAAUUGCGAGAAGAGGAAGCAAGAAGAGGCAGCAUGGCUAUGCUGAUCCAAAGAGCCGAAGUGAAGUGUUCAACCCUCACAAGGAGGAAGCUGCUUCUUGGUUUUGGAUUUAUCCAGCAAGACCUGCACAAAGUUUGGAAGAAAUCAGCAAAGUUCAUCACCAAAAUCCUCCGGAGCGAGUUUUUCAUUCAGGGACUCUUGCUCCAGGAGUGGGUGCGCUUGGGACGAUAUCUGUGAAGAAGAAUAAUGAUUCUUCUAUUCUUGCCACCGGAAACGAUUUAUCCACACGAUCUGGUUUGGUGGCAUCUAGAGAGAGAGAGAGGCAGACCAAGGAGGGGGCUCAGGCCCAGCCAGGAGGUUGGUUAGGGAAUACAAGGCGACAGAGGAGAGUCUGGAAAAGGCAAAGCCGGAGCAAGAGCAGCGGCUGGAGGAGGCCGUUGUGAGGUGAUCUGGAAUUAUUCUCAUACAACAGGAGUGGAGACCCUGUGGAUGAGUCGCCAAGAGGAGUUCUUCAAGUCCUCCAAAUUUCAAGCUAUGCUUGUUGCUUGAGCUUUGAAGCAUUACUACCAUGGCUUCUAGACUUGUGUGCGACAGCUUGCUUCGCUCCAGGAGGUACAAACCUCUCAUUUCUGAAUGAAGAGACAGGGCUAGAAGAAGCUCCCAAGUUGGAGGAAGGGACCACCCUAGCGGAGCAGGCACCAUCCUUUGCUGAGGAGCAAGAUCAUAUGCAAGUAGACGCAGUAUGGGUGCCUGAGGCUCUUGAUGUGCUUCCCUCUGAAGACCAGCCACCAGCAACAGCAUGGGAAGAGGACCUCCCUCUUCCAGAGGAGGACAUGCCCUUGCGAGUAAAUCAUUUCUCUUACGACCUUUGUGAUUAUUUCUUACAACCUAUUGACGUAAGCAUUGGAGGGCUACACCGACCCCACCUGGUGUAGUUCUAAUGAUGGUCUGUUUUUUAGGCUCACAGCUGAGAAAUUCAAGGCAUAUGUCAUCUAUUGAGGAUAGCAAUCACCCAAAUUCACCUUUAAGGCCUCAUUUAUUUUGUGAUGGUAUUUUGCACAAAUUCAAAACAUAUAUUUAUGUUUGUACUAUCGAAAUUUUUAUUGUAUAUAUGUAUUUUCUUAGUAUUGAA